AUGAUCUACUAUCGAUGCGCCGGCCUGCCCGAGGAUAACAUCCAGGAUGUCUUAGCCAUGCUGAUGCAAGCAGCCCAGCACACUAUUCGCAAGGUUCAGCUCAAAGACCUACAACGAGCACUCCUAGCGACUGCAGUCGAGACCAAGAAUCCAAUUGAUAAGGGCUGGAUCUUGACGAAGCUCGGGCCACGUUGGAGAGCGGUACUCGAAAAUGUGCUAGAUAAGGAGUCUCGGCACGGGAAGUGCUUCAAUAUUUGGAAUCUCUAUGAACUUGCUUCGGUUAAUAGCGGCAAUUGUAAUCCCGAACUAUGCUACAAGGAGUUCAAGGCUCAUGUCAAUAUCACCACUCUUUUGGAGUCCUUUGGCCACUCUGUGGAGAAGCACGCUUAUGGCCUUGAGACUUCUUUCGUUGCAGAGUAUGGCCAGGGCGGUCGUCUGGUGAUCACCUGCUCCGAGUAUGAUGCCCUCGAGGGCGUUGGACACGCUUGUGGACAUAACUUGAUUGCCACUGCUUUGAUAGCCUCUUUUCUAGGCAUUGUUGCUGCACUCAAGCAGUCUGGCACGCCAGGUCGAGUGCGAAUUCCCGGUUGCCCUGCUGAGGAAGGUGAUGGUGGGAAGAUCAAGCUCAUUCGAGCUGGUGCCUUUAAGGAUGUCGAUGCUGCUCUUAUGGUUCACGCCAGUACGCCUUUAGACAUUCCGCAACCUGCUGGCGAAGCGGCCGUUGGCGGUAGGUCGGUAGCUAUCUUCCGAGGUAUCUUCACUGGCGAACCAGCACAUGCUGGCGUGGUCCCUUGGAACGGUAUCAAUGCAUUGGAUGCUGCUUCGUUGACAUACAGCGCGAUCAGCAUGCUACGCCAGCAGAUUAGACCUACAGACCGCCUCAAUCUUUACAUUAAGGAGGGGGGACGGAUGACAAAUAUCAUCACGGCGAGAACCGUGGUAGAAGAAGUUGGUGUACGUACUCUUACCUUGGGGGAGAACGAGAAGCUUCAGCAUCGAGUAAAAAACUACUUCAAAGGGGCUGCUCUUGCCACUGGGUGCAGUAUUGAGUUUGAAAUGGACACAUAUGCAGACCUCCAUUCCAACGAGCCCCUCUGCAACGAGUUCACUGAUAUUAUGUCACGGUACUUCAAUAGUCAGUUCCAUGGCGAUAUGAGUGAUCCUCACAUCUCUGGGGGCGGGUCGGACUUUGGCAAUGUCAGUUACGAGUGCCCAUCGCUUCAUCCUCUAUUUAUUAUCCCAACUCUUCCGACUGAUAAUGUGCAUGCCCCCGGAUUUGCAAGGGCGGCUGGUGAGCCUGCGGCAUUUGAUGCAGCAAUUAAGGCAGCAAAGGGCAUUGCAGUAUUGGGGUUCAAGGUCUUGACUGAUGACAAAUUUGCAAAUACAGUAAAGGAGGCUUUUAAAGAAGAUAUUGUUAGAGGACAAGAAUAUUGCUAG